GUGUAGGAUCCAAAUCUCAGCCCACUGCUCUUUAGAAGUGAAAGGAAAGUAUUCUGCCUUGGGUGAUGGGCUCUACCCUGAUGUACACGUGACACGGGCGGAGACUCUCCAGAAAACACGUCUGUAUAGGAUUUAGCAGACAGUACAAGGUGGCAUCUUACCGACAUGGAUAUAAAGCCACGGGCUUGGCUCAGUGCAGCAUUAUUCUUGGGUUUGCUACAGAUUUCUGAAGAAUUCUUUUCCGGCAGUAUCAGCUGUUGCACGGAACACUCAGACCAGAUUUCUAGGGGUCUCUUACAAAGAGUGCGAAAAUUUGAGAUCCAGCAAAACAAUGGCCUCUGCAAUAUCCGAGCUGUGGUGUUGUACACCAAACAUAAAGUUCUCUGUGCCAACCCCGAUAAUGUCCUUCUCAAUCAAUGGAUAGAAAAACGGAAAGGAAAGGAAAAGAAGAAAAAGAACAUCUCCUGGGGCAGCAAGAAGAAAAGAAAAGGAAAAAAGAAACGAGGGAAAAGCAUCAAGCGCAAAAACCGGAAACCAACCAAAAAAGACAAAAAGAAAUCUGUAAGGAAUCAUCCCCAACAGAUAAACCAAGGUCAGGCCCCUCCCAGAGGCUUUUAGGUAACUCCCACACUGCCUUGCUUUAUGGCAGGAAAGAAUGAGAAGGCAGCAGAGGAGUAAAAAUGUACAAGUAACAGCAAUACUGCUAAUGAUUGAACAGAACAUUCUGCAGGUCUCUCUUUUUUUAUUCCUGUGCACUAUUUUCUGCCCCAAACCAGUAACCACCAAUGACCCUUUAAUCCAGUGGUUCUCAUCCAUAAGUAACAUAUCAGGGGUGGGCAGACUUUUUUUUGUCCGCGAUUGACUGGACUGAUGCAGAAGUGCGGCGUGAAUGAGUAUGUAUGCGACACAGCGUAUAUACGCAUUCACGCACCGCUUCCACAUCCCCGGCUUCAUCGCGGUCCACCAGAAAUCCACGGGGGAUCGACUAGUGGACCGCGAUCAACGUUUUGGCCACCCCUGAUUUAUAUAUUAAAAAAAAGUUGGGGAGUGACACAAACAUUAAAAGAGUUCCCAGGGAGUGACCAAUAAAGGCUGCGAUUGGCUAUUUGGAAGCCCCUAUGUGCACUGGCAGCCUAAAGGAGGCUCUGCUUGUCACUACACCUGGUUUUUAUGCAACCAAAACUUGCCUCCUAACCAGAAAUUCAAAAAUAAGCACCUACUUUGAGGCCAAUGGGAGCAACAUCCAAGGGGUUGGGGAGCAACAUGGUGCCCUGAGCCACUGGUUGGGGAUCAUUGGUUAAAUCUAACAGCACUCUCAUAGGCUGAUUGCUUUCUAUCCCCAGUAACCAACUUGUGUUUGUGUUCUUUGGUCAAAAGUCCCAUAAGAUAGGAAGGCGCAAGUUGAAGGUCACACAGGGGGUUGGGGCUCAUUACUAGUCAGGUGGGCUCAGCCUCUAUCCCUGCCUCAUUAAGGACACCAGGAGAGAAUAGUGUUUUACUGGUGCCCUGAUUUACUUUUCCUUAGUGAGGCAGGGAUAGAGGUGAGGCUGAGCCCAGGGACUCUACGUUGCACUAGAUUAGUUCAGCUGCUCAAGAUUCUGCAAUAAUAGGUCCACAUACAGCAGGGAUCCCCAACCUUUUAUACCCACGAGCCACAUUUAAAUGGGAAAAAGUGUUGGGGAGCAACACAAGCAUGAAAAUGGUUCCUGGGGUGCAAAAAGAGCUAUAAUUGGCUAUUUAAUGGCCCCUAGAAGUCUCUAUGGCAUUAUACUUAGUUUUUAUGCAACCAAAACUUUCCAACAUGCCAUGAAUUUAAAAAUAAGCAGCUGCUUUGAGGCCACUGGGGGCAACAUCCAAGGGGUUGGGGGCAACAUGUUACCCCUGAGCCACUGGUUGGGGAUCACUGACAUACAGUAUAAUUAACGUCUCGGACGAGGUUUUUAACCUUAUGGGAUUUCUGUUUGGUGUUUGGUCUAUUAAACUGAACUGCUAUUAAAACUCAAACUCUGCUUUCUCAAUAAGUAUUUAGCAAUCACUAAGUGGAGAGGUUCAAGUAUGGGUUUUUAUUUUGUUUGUAUAUUACUAAUGUAACUAUCCGGCACACCACUAGUGUUGAACUGCAAAUCACUGCACAUGUGGGUGGUGCACUCAGACUUUGUCUGCACUAAGUAAUUAUGAUCUGCACAAAUGCACAUAGUAUUUACAUAACAUAACUUGUGGGAUCCAGACAUCGUAAUGAAUUACCUGUCUGGUUGCAAACAUGCAAAAUGUUGAAGGAAUUUUGAAAUGCACGUGGUAUCAACAUGCUGGUUAGUUGCAAUAUGGUAAUAACGAGAUACACAGAAUUAAAAUCACUUAAUAGCGA